UUGAACUUCCCCCUUAGAUUCCACACCACACUUUUUCGCUGUCAGCCUCUGCAAUUGUAAGUAGUAGGCUAAUUCAUCAUCAUCAUCAUCUUCAUUUUCAUCAGGGCAAGCUCUGAGCCAGAACUGAUCCAAGACCUGGAGCAGGGCAUCCUCUGGACCAUCCUGAAACACACUUGCCCUCCACCAUCCACAUCCUUCCUCCCGUAUGCUGAUCUAGCAUGAUGCCUCUCAGCAUGUUGGGCUUCCUCAUGCUCAUGCCCUUACUGUGUGCAGAUGCGGACAGCACAUGUACAGAUGACCUUAUCCUGAAUCCAUCUGAGGUUAUAGUAGAAUAUGGAGGGGAGGUCAUAGUAAAUUGCACCAACCCAGAAGACAAUCAUGAUGGGAUAUACUGGACAAAUGGGACCACAGAUGUUGAGAAAGAGGAAUAUAUGGCUUUUGUCACGUUGACAGUGACACCGUCAGACUGGGAUGCAAGGGCCCAGUGCAAAUUAAUGCAGAAUGGCAAUGUUCAUUGCACGAAAGACCUUGAAAUCACUGUGUACAAGAAUCCAGACGGGAUCGACAUGUUUCCUAUAAAGCAUGAAGAAGCCACAGUGGAAGGGAUGCAGUACCAGCUGCAGUGUGAUAUCUCUGAGGUUGCUCCUGUUCAGAACCUCACUGUGAGGUGGUACAAAGACAAUGAAAUAAUCAUGAGAGACUCUUUCACAAAUACAACCAAACUACCAGUGAGUGAGUCUUCUAUUUUGACAGUCAACAUCAGCAGAAAAGACAAUGGAGCUGAGUUUCGAUGUGAGGCUCAGCUGGACUUUGGGCCAUUUGGACCGAAACUUCCUACUUUUCUUGCCACACACAGAGUUGCUGUACGCUAUGCCCCUGUGUUCACCAAAGACAUUCCUGAAGUCCACUUUGUCGAAGAGGAUAGCAAUGUCACCCUGGACUGUGAAGCUAAGGGUCACCCUCUUCCUCACUUUCAAUGGACCCAUGAUGGGGUGAAUAUGACGGAGUACACAGACAAGCUCAUUAUUGCUCGAGUAAACACCAACACAAAUUACACCUGCAUAGCUGCCAAUAAUCUGGGAAAAAUAACUAAGACAAUCCAUGUUAAUGUGAUGAGAUAUCCCACGACGACACCUGCUGCGGCCAGAAACAUGCCUGAGGAAUCACCACUAGAGGAUUGCCCCCUAACAUUGACGCCUGCUGAACUUGUGGUUAGAUUUGGUGAUCCGGCUUCAGCUAAUUGCACCACAUCAGCCACAAACGCUUUAGGAAUGGGCUGGGAGACUGCAUUUGGAGGCACAGGGUUUGAAAAACCACCUAUUGUCACCUGGGCUGUAGAAGAACUAACAUACUGGCAUUUUGAAGCAUAUUGCUACGUUACAUUGCAGGCCCAGUGUAACGUGUCACUAGCUGUCACUCUUUAUAAGACUCCAAACACUGUGUCAGUCUCUGAGUUUCGUCCUGGUCCGAUGGAAGAGGGCAAAGAGCACCAGCUAAAGUGUGACAUCAUCAGUGUGGCUCCUGUGCAGAACCUCACAGUGAAGUGGUACAGAGGCAAUGAAAGUGUGAUGACAGAAAGAUUUAAUGACACCACUGUGACCCCAGUUAAUGUGUCCUCUACCUUAAGAGUGACUCCUAAGAGAGAUUACAAUGGAAUACAUUUCAGCUGCAGCGCUGAGCUGCACCUAGGACCGAAUGGACCAGAACCUGUCCCUACUGUAACCUCAGAACCUUACAUUGCUGAUGUGCGCUAUAAACCACUGAUACAUGAUUGUCCAACCCAAUACACUGGUGUGGAGCAUAACUUCAGCUUGAACAUGUUACCCUGUAAAGUUGAUGGGAACCCUCCACCUGAUGUUAAUUGGCUCUCUCAAGGAAAACGCAUCAAUGUGUCUCAGUCUCUCACCAGGGGCCAGUCGGGACAUUACAUAAUGGAAGCUGUCAAUACACUCGGCAAGAGCAAUACCUUUGUUGCUAUCACAAUCGAAUAUAAGCCUUCAUUUGCCUGUGAAGAUAGCUAUAAAGUUAAAGAGAAUGAUGACUCCGCUGGUUGUGAACCAAAGGGAAAACCUUUACCCACCGUCACCUGGUAUAAAGAUGGAGAAAUCAUUUCCCAACAACCCUGGACAAAGCGUGAUAGUGGAAAAUAUGUACUUCAAGCUAAAAACAAACAUGGAACAGCCAAUCACACACUCAGUCUUAAUGUUCUGUUUGCCCCUCAGUUCAAGAGAGCAAAUGAAUCCAAGGAGGUGACCCUGGGUCAGAAUGUGACCGUUGACUGCAGUGCUGAGGGAAACCCUGGCCCUGUGAUCCAGUGGAAUUACACCCAUGCAGUGAAUGUGAGGGAGACCACUGGGGGGCGCCAGGCGACUAUCGUCAUCACAGGAGCCACGUCUACCAAUGCUGGUGUUUACAUCUGUGUUGCCACGAAUGAAGUUGGGAGUGUGUCAAGAUAUGUCACUCUGGCGAUGAAAGGUAAAACCGCUGGCUUUCCGUGGAUAGUCAUUUUGGUGGUGUGCCUUUUCAUAAUCUUGACCAUCUCAGUCAUCAUUAUAUACCUGCAUUGGAAAAAACAUGGACAAUAUAGCUUUGUUCCUGACAAAGUCAUGGAUGGUUCAGAGAUCCCUAUGACUACAAAGUCUGAUGGGGUGAAAGCUUAGGAUAUUUAUUACUUGCUGAAUAGGUAAGAUUAAAUUAGCAUAAAUCAUGUUUUCAAAACAUAAUCAGAUAUGCCAUUUAUCUUACAUGGAGAGAAUGGAAUGCAAAUAUUUAUAUUAAUCUCUGCUUUUGUAUGGUACUGUCCUAACUUUAUGCCACUAAUACUGUAAAAUGCCUCUUGUACAAAAGUCUUAUGAGGGAGAGAUUUUAAUUAGGACCACAGGUGCAUUGUAACAUUGGUUUUUACCUGUAAGGUUUAACCUACCAUUGAUCUUUUUCUAUUCUCAAUAAAGUUACGCUGCACACUGUGUCAA